AUGGCAUCUGACCCCUGGGACUGGGAAGAAAAGCUUCGUGAGCUCGAAGUCAGGCUUCGGGAUGAGCUUCGAGCCGAAACCGCGAAGGUUCUGUCGCAGUGCGUGGCGAAGGUAGAGCGCCUGGAAUCGGAGCUGCGCGUCUCAAACGAGACGCGCCUGCAAAUUUCCGAGCCCGCGUCCUGGAGCCCUGACAGCGCAAAUGGAGAGCUAGAAGACGCACCAGAGCAAAAGGCACUAACGGUACAGCCGCAGGCUCCCAAGCCUCAAACACUUCAGGAAUCGAAUCCCAAAGGGGAGAUGAAAGGGACUGAGCCUGGGCCGACUGAUGAAGCUCAAGAGCCGAUCCCUUUCACGGACUCGACUUGGAACCUGCUUCUCGUUCUGGGCUUCACAAAGGCUGGCUGGAUCGACAUUGUGAUUGGCUGCGGUGUCUUCGUUGGAAGUCUCCUGCUGCAGGGGGGUUUGUGCUACGUGCUUCUAACCGGCGACUUCCUUGGAAAGCCACUGACAAACGAGAUCGACAUCGCGAGAACGUGGAGAGCUGGCACUGCACAUGAUUUCAAGCAUCUAGACAUCGCGGAAACAAGCCUUGUCUCGCGCGUGUGCAACGGAGACGGAUCUUUGAUCAUGUCCACACAGCAGGCUGCCUUCAUUUCGCAGCUGAACACUUACCUCGGCAUGCAAGCAGAUGAAUUGGCUCCAGAAGGCAUCUGUCCCGGGAGUGUGCUUUGUGUGCUUUGUAUCUCUUGGUGGUGCCUCUACCUGGGCAGAGAGUACCGGCAAAUCUUCUCAUCCUUGGAAGGCUUGUGGAAUGUGCCUCGGGGGCCCUCCACCAUUCUGGAGAUCGGAAACAUUCGCACGGUGUCUUUUCCACGUUUCUUCCUUUUCUGCGCAGCGCGGAUCUCGAAGGCUGUCAUCUCAAGCCUCUUGCUUGCCGCCGGCAUCCAGUGGCUGGUGAACACCAUAGCCAUAAGGAGCAUAGUUCUACGAGCUGUCGCCUUGAAAAGCCUUUUUGAGCUCGACGGCGUCUUCUACGCAGCCUUCAUGCCGAAGCAGCUUCAGGUCUGCAUGAAGAAGCUAAAGCCCAUGCAGUUUCGCAAUUCUUCGUGCCGGAGCCAGAUUGAAUCCCUUCUUCUCUUGCUCUUCUUCGUAGUCGUGAUUUGCGGGAGCUGGUAUCAGUUGGUUGACUCAAUCGGUGGCACCAUGGAACACAUCAAGACCGAGUACUGCGGCGGAAACCAGAACUUCGUCGUCGCCGUAAAUGAUGAUCACGGUUUGGCAGUCGGACGGUCGAGUAUGCCCUAUGACCCAGCUCGAGCUGAAGACGCAAUUUCGAGUGCAGUGCACAAUUAUGCUUUCAAGUCAAACGAGAGCACCCUUAUCUUAUUCCACACCUCGCCGCGGAGCUUUGAGAAGACACGAGUGGAAACCAUGGCUACGGCCACCACUUCCACCUUGGAGUGCGCUAAUUUCGACCGGUGGUUCCUUCGCGGGGAAGACCAACCGAUCCCCGACACCUACGGACCCUACUUUUGGUCAGCGGCUUUGUCCGUUGGCAUGCCUCCAAACAGCACGUGUGAGGACAUGAUACAUCACUGUGCAGACGUCGACGCGCAGCUCCUGCGCAUGGUGUGUGGCGAGACCUGCGGUUGCGUCGAAGCACAGGCCAAUCCGCUGUACAAGGUUCGCGCACAAGGAUGCUUGAAGAAAUGCGAAAGCCCGCGAUGA